AAGCGAGUUACUCAACGACCUCCUGUUAAACCUGCCGAUUAUCAUCUCGCUGGAGCUGGAAUCCCGUCCUCCCAUUGGUCCGCUCCGGCGUUGCGUCAUCUUUGCCGGUCCUGGACUUGUUUACAUCUGGUAGCGUUUAUGUCACAGAUGUUCGCCGCCUGAAAACUCGAACUCCAACAUUCCAUUUUGUUUUUUUUUUUAAACCACAAAGACGCAGAGUCUCUUGUUGGCUGUUUUCUCCUGACAACAGUUGGCGUACAGGUGUUCCUGAGGUUGAAAAUGUUCUCUCCGUGAGGCUCGAGUGUCUCCUCCUCAGCGGCGUUUGUCACCUGAUCUCUGGAGGAAAUUGGCUGCUCCAUGGAACCGGGUGACAGUCAGCUAUUGUACGUUAAGCCGCGCAAAUGGGACCAUGUCAAAGGGAGGCUCGGGGAACACGUUUGUAUUGUGAGUUCAACCCACCAGAAACUGAUAUUUAACCCGAUGAAGGUGUUGAACAGCUGAGUCAUCUCGUCGGCGCGUGAGUAGACACGAUCAUGUCGGAACCGGCCCGCUCUCUGCCCUUCUUCAAGAGACUCAGCUAUGCAGUGGGCCACUUUCUCAACGACCUGUGCGCUUCCAUGUGGUUCACUUACCUGCUCAUCUUCUACCACUCGGUGCUGGGCUUCGAGACCACGUAUGCAGGGGUGCUGCUGCUGGUGGGACAGAUAGCUGACGCUCUCUCCACACCCCUGGUGGGUUACGAGUCGGACCACACACCCGGCUGUGGGAACUAUGGCAAAAGGAAGAGCUGGCAUCUCGUAGGGACGCUGUGUGUGGUCCUGUCCUUCGCCUUCAUCUUUAACCAGUGUCUGGGCUGCGACCAAAACACCCCCCAGUGGGCCAGUCUCAUCUACUUCAUCCCCUUCAUCAUCAUCUUUCAGUUCGGAUGGGCCGCCACUCAGAUAUCCCACCUGUCACUCAUACCUGAGCUGGUCACAUGUGAGCACGCAAAGGUCGAGCUCACGGCCUACAGGUAUGCCUUCACAGUUGUGGCCAACAUCACAGUCUAUGCUGUGGCUUAUCUCUUGCUCCACCUGCAAGGGAAAGAUAACUCGGAUCCACUCACCGAUUCAGUUGGACCAAAAGACAUGUCCAUCUUCAGGAACCUGGCUCUGAUCGUGCUGGGCAUCGGCAUCGCCUUCUCCACCAUCUUCCACCUGGGCACGGCGGAGGGGAGGCCAGAGGGAGAGCAGGAGGAGGCUGAGGGCGAGAAGACCCCGCUGCUUCAUCGUCGUCAGAAGAACUUUCCCCUUCUCCUGCAGUGGAAGUGCUGGCUGAGGCAGCCAUCGUUCUACCAGGUGGCUGCUCUCUACAUGUGCACCAGACUCAUAGUCAACCUGUCGCAGACCUACAUCUCCAUGUACCUCACCAGCUCACUGCGGCUGUCCAAGAAAUUCAUCGCCACCAUUCCUCUGCUCAUGUACAUGAGCGGGUUCCUGUCCUCCUUCAUCAUGAAGCCGCUCAACAAGCUCAUCGGGAAAAGCCUGACCUACUUCCUGGGCCUGCUGCUGAUCGCCAUCUUCUCUGGCUGGGUUCUACUGGACCCCUGCAUGAGCGAGCGGGUCUACGGUGCUGCUGUCCUGCUGGGGGCGGGCUCCGCCACCAUCCUGGUCAUAUCCCUGUCCAUGACGGCCGAGCUCAUCGGGGACCAGACGCAAAGUGGAGCGUUUGUUUACGGCGCCAUGAGCUUCACCGACAAGUUCGCUAACGGCGUCGCUGUCAUGCUGAUCCAGGCCCUGAACCCGUGCCCGACGGCGCUGGACUGCAACACCCCAGUGUGGUUCUACCACAACGUCAUGGUGGCGGUGACUGGUGGAGUCACUGUGGCUGCCGUGCUGGUGCUCUGCUCCCUCCUCAUCUGGCCCAUCAAGCUCAGACUACGGGUUGUGGCUGAGGCGGUCUGUGAGGAGGCCAGUGUCAACUGACGCGUCCAUGACGUCGCCUUCACCACGGCUUCACUGGCGAACAGAGGACGAUCAGGCCUCCAAUGGAAGGACAGGCAUCGACCGGGAGAGUCUUAACCAGGGGAGCCGUCUGCCAACAGCUGCUUGCUGUGGGAGCUCACUACACACGUGACUGCUGUGAAACAUGUCUAUGCAGUGGGGGAAUAUAGAGGGGAAAAAAGGGAUGAAUCACAAGGGAAUAUUUUAAAUAUGAACUGAGGGAAAGCUGCAUUAUCUGUAACUUGUACGGGGAUAAACUUGUGUCAAUGUUUGUGGUCUACCAGGUUCACCAAACACAGCGAGCCAACCACAUGCUUCAGUAACACUCUUUCAUUCUUUAAAUGGGGAUUUAAAUCGAUUUCACACCUCAGAGAGAAGCUCGGUGGCUUCUGGGGAUUAUUUUUCUGCAUUUCAUGCCUCAAACUGUGACCUGGCAGAACUGCCGCUCAUCCUCUGAAGAUGGAAAGAUUUGAAACUCCAGCAGUGGUGAACCGUCCGAAACGGGAGCACUUUGAGAGAAGGUGUCUCACAUGAAUGCGCCAAAGAUUCACCUCUUUUGAUUUGUCCUCUACUUUUGAGGAUAUUUGGAAGGAAUAUAUAGUUUUUAUCGCUGUGAUGUAUUGUCUGUGAGGAAUCAUAACUACAGCUCUGUUGUGUUUGCUUUAUAGGAAACUAAUGAACACUAUCUGUGCUAACUAACUAAAGGGAACACUGAGAUGAAACAGUGCAGUUUGGUGAGGGAAAAUGCUGUUUACAGCCCUGCAUGCACCUCAGAACAGGUGUGAAUCUUCAGGCAGUGAAGCGUGUCACACGUCUCUGCUGAAGGCCUCUUGUGAUUUGUUAUUUUUGUUAACUUCUGGAAUCAAAAACCAAAUGACUUCAUUGAAUUCCAAAAAGGGAUCAACACUUAUUGUCUGCUAAGUGACAGGGAAUCAAGCCAGUGGCUAUGACGCACAUCUGAAAUGUCUAUUCUUUCUCUUUUUCAUGAACAUAAAUGCCUGUGAAUGUGUAUUAAAUCUGUUCAUAAAUACAAAUGUACCCAAGUUAUAUUUUAUUAAAUGUCAAUCACCUGUUGCUUUAUGUUCAACUGCGCAAAAACCUCUGCUGUACACGAUGUCUCCUAUGGGUGACGCCGAUUCAAGUACAACACUUGUGUCAGCAGUGGCGGUUUUAGAUACAUUUAACAGGAAUAAAACCAACAGACUAUGUUGACGUGCAUAGAGCAGAAUGACAGUCUGAGUGAAGUUACCUCCUUUUUUUGUGUCUAAAAAACUGACAAAAAAAUUUGGCUUAGUUGGGAUUUGAACCUGUACAGUUGACUAGCACCUGAGCGCUCUCUUCAUCUGUGUGAGCUGUUCUCUCACAGCUGGUGCCCCCUUUCUUAUUCAGGAUCCAGAAUUUUACUUGAAUGAAUUCAGACAAUCUGAUUUAUACGGACAAAUAAACAAAA